AUGCAGGCGCUGCCCCGCGUGCCCUCGUCCAGCACCGGGCAGGCCGUCUUCACCUGCUAUGACCAGCUGCGGCGCGAGAUCCAGGCGCUGCUGGCCGAAAAUGAGGAGCUCAAGCGGGUCGUGGACCUCAUCAAGGAGAACCAGCAUCUGCGCGAGCUCAUCCGCAGCUGCCCCGACAUGAUGCCCAACCUGCCGCCCAUCUUCACCCCCACACCGCGCCCCGACGGCACCCGCUCCAACUUCUUCAGCUUAGCCAACACCUCUGACUGGGGGUCGGAGCUGGCGGAGCAGGAUGUGUCUGUCGGGCCGGUGGUCGCCUCGUCCCCGCUGGACUCCAACUUCAGCGGCGCCUCGCUCCUACCCAUCACCCGGCGCAGAACCUUCGCAGGCCACUUUGCAGCCAGCCCCAGCCAGGAGAACUACCCGCAGCGGUUCUCCUGCCCCCUGGACAGGUUCAGCCCGAGGGGCCGGCCCGCGGACACCCUGCCGCCUGCCGAGCAGCCGCUGCCCGAGCCGCCCCUCGACCUGCAGGCGCUGGAGCAGAGCCCCCGGCGGGGCCGCCCGCCCGACCUGCAGGCCGCCGGCGCCCGCUUCUCCCUCCCGGCGCAGCUGGAGCCGCGCGCCCCGGAGCAGCUGCCGGAGCCCCUGCUGCAGUCGGCCCCCGCGGCGAUGCCGGCAGCCCCGCUGUCGCCCAUCCCGCUGCCGCCGGCCCCGGGGCCGCCGGAGCAGCCGCUGCCGCUGGAGCCGAGGACGCCGGAGCAGCCGAUGUCAGUCCAGCGGCCGCCCGACGUCCGGCCCAAGGAGUAUCCGCGGAAGAUAGCCAGAGCCGCGGACCGGCCCGCAUCCAUCCGGGAGAGCGCGCGGCCCGGCAGCCGAGACUCUCCGCAGAGCCACGCUGCUGCAUCUGCCAGCCCUGCAAACCAGCCCUGCAAAUGGGGAAGGAAAAAGAAGGGCCAGAGGAAGCGGGUCUCAUGCACAGGGCGCUGCCUCGGCGCUGUGGCAGAGCUGGUGCCAUAUGGCAGAGCAGCGGGACCAACUGCCAGCCCCGGGAAUCCUGCGGCAGCACCAGCCUACCCCAAGCAGCAGAUGUGGGAGCGCAUCGUGGGCGAGAUCGCCUUCCAGCUGGACCGCCGGAUCCUCUCCAGCAUCUUCCCCGACCGCGUCCGCCUCUACGGCUUCACCGUCAGCAACAUCCCCGAGAAGAUCAUGAUGUCCGUCUUCAACAGCUCACAGGCGGGCUUCGACGAGCGCUCCUGCGCCGCCAUGACCCAGCGCUACGUCACCCUCAUGAACCGCCUCAAGGCGCUGGGCUACAGCCCCGAGAUGCACCCGGCCUUCACCGAGUCCAUCGUCAACACCUACGGGAUCCUGCGGGAGCGGCCGGAGCUGACGGGCCCCGACACCCGCUCCUACAACAGCCCGGGCUUCCUGCGGCGCGUGGUGCUGGAGACGGUGCCGCUGGCCCUGCAGCCGGACGUGCUGCUGCUGCUGGAGUGCCUGCAGGAGCUGGCGCAGGAGGACGGCAAGCCCCUCUUCAUCUGGUGA